AUGACUCCCAUGAACCCUCACCAGAAGACCGCGGCUCCGGGAGCUCCGCCUUUAAGUCCUUCGCCCGCCGCCGACACCACUAUCCACUUUGCCUUCAAUGUUCCCUUCGCUUCCGACCUCGCCGGUCCCAACACCGAGGAGAUCCUACACGCCACGGGCGACUCCAUACUCCGCUGGACGCAUCCUGGAGACGCCCCCGACGAUGUUCCCAUAUAUGACCUCCCCGUGCAUGCCCAGAACCUUGCCAAUCUGCAGAACCUGUGCCAGGAGCUUAGUAGGGGCCCUCUACCCAUUGAGGCCCAUGUCAACUUGACCACGCCCAAGCUCGGCAAAGGGCAAGUGGUCACUGUCUCGCUGUCGGGUGCUCCGGAAUUGGUUCACAAGAGCCGCGAGACUAUCUUGAGUGAUACUCCAUUGGCAUUGAGGUGCACUACCGUCGAUGUGGAUUACAGUUUAAUUGUAGACUCUGCCGCUGGUGCGCUUCAAAAGCAUGUUACAGAUGCCCUCGACACCUUUGCUGCAUUCUGCGGAGUCGACAUCUUUAUCUUGGGUCCGAAACUUAACCCCACUGUCGAUGGGCUCAAUGGCGAUGUCGAGGUUAUUCGUGACCAAAGAUGGAGAGUUGCUAUUUAUGGUGACAUUGAGUCGGCUGAGCACGCUAAGACCCAGGUUCUCAUCUUCAUUGACAAACUGCUGGGACGAGAUGUCGACCGCUUUCAUUUCGAGAGCACUCUGCACCCUAUCGUGUGUGGACGAUCUCGAAAGAAUAUUAAGCUGAUUGAAUCGGCGACGAAUACGGCUAUUUACUUCCCACCAUUCGCUCAAUUGUCUCGAUACUGUCCACCAAAUGCCAGUCGCCGUAAUCCAGACGAAAUCUUCAUCACUGGCGAGAACCCUCAGGGUAUCGAGCUAGCGAAACGCAAGAUUCAUGACAUCGUCACUCGCACAAAACUUUUUAUGAAGGAUGCCAUGAUUACGCCUGCUAAGAUUGAUAGUAUCCUUCUUGGUCGAAUGGACAAGGUUCGAAAAAUAAUGGAGGUUAAUGGCGCAUACAUCAUGUUCCCACCUCUUGCGUCCCAACGCAACAUGAUUCGGGUUCAAGGUGUGGAAGGGCUUCAAAUCGAGCGCACUAUGAAGGAAAUCAUGUCUCUGGCCGGGCAGUUUUAUUAUGCGUCCUGGUGGUUCCAAGGAAUGGGUGCUAUUUCGAACCCUCAUGACGUCCGUUCCAUGCUUAGUGAUAUUUGCUCAAACUCAGAUGCCGACAUUUGCUUUGACAAGAUGACUUUUAACAUUACUGGUUCUGAUGAUGCCGUCAAAUCGGCCUUGACUGUUCUCUCUCAAAUGGACUUAGGCACCAUGGGCCCUCAGCAAAUCCGUGUCAAGAUAGAACUCGCCAAUGAGCACAAGGAGUUUGUAUCUGGUAAGAAGAAUGGCAAGAUUAACAAGAUCAUGACACAGAGCAAUGUUCAAAUCAUUUUUGAUGGUUUCCGAGAAUAUAACUUCGACAUAGAUGUCAUUGCGCCUAAUCAUGAUGCGAUGAAGCAAGGCAUGUCUCUUGUGGAACAAGAAAUGCCUGCUUCUAUUUCUUUCCAUGUUCCUGACCAGUAUCAUAAACGCAUCAUUGGCAUAGGUGGUCAGCACAUCCAACGUAUUAUGAAGAAGCAUUCCGUUUUCGUCAAGUUUUCGAAUGCUAUGGAUCGAGGUGGUAUGGGCCGCGAAGACGAUGACGUGAAAGUCGACAAUGUGAUCUGUCGUACUCCAGCUCGCAAUGCACAGAAUUUGGAACUGGUGAAGACCGAAAUUCUGGACAUGGUUGACAGAGCUCAUUCAGAGUUUACGUCACAAAUCGUGCAUGUCGACCGCUUGUACCACAGACAGCUCAUUGCUCGCCUGCAAGAAAUUGAAGAGCUUGAGAAGAAGUGGAAUUGCAAAAUUGUGUUUCCCAGCACCGAGCAAGCAAGCGACGAGGUCACGGUGACUGGCCCAGAGUGGCAAGUUCCCAUGUGUGCUGAUGCAUUUUUGGGCAUGGUUCCCGAAACUCAUGAGUUGGUUUUAACUCGAACUGCAUCAUUGGUCAAAUUUCUUGAGUCUCCAGAAUUCGUCAAUGGGUUAGUUGGAAAACUAAAGACACAGCAUGAAGUUGCUGUGGAAGUGCAUGAGAAUGCCGAGGACAAGACUGAAGACGGCCACCGUACUACGACGCUGCUUUGGAAACUGACGCGAAACAAUGCCGGUGGUCUUCGAGAUGCCAUAGACUAUUUGAUGCAGCAAUUUACUGCGGCCGACGUGGAGGUCAAAGUUGUCAAAGGAGCUCUUCCUCGUCCAAAGUCGGAUUCAUUUGAAGAUACGUUGCAGUAUUUCGACUCUAAACUACUACAGCACGCGCCCGCCACUAUUGGGACCGACUCACCGACCAAGCCUGCUUUUGGCGACGAUAUGACGCAGCAGCGUGCCACGACCUUGCUCGACAAGCUUCGGAAGCCAUCACAGCUUCUUAGCUCUCUCGAUCGGAGAAAGAACAGCUCACACUCGAUGAACAUGUUCUUUAAAGGAUCCAGCAACGUUUCCAAAUCCUCGUUGAUUUCGAUAGAAUCGACGCGCAGCUUCAAUGCCGAUCGAAACCCCUGGAAUGAUAGUGGUGUCAACCUUCCAGAUGAUGAAAGUAGCCCGUGGUCGAGCCGGCAUUUUGGGAACAAUGGACACGACCACAAGCUAUCUCCCAACAACAUCCCGCACGGCGGUGAUGUGACACCCCGCCAUAACACGCGUGCGUCUGGUGACAGCGGGCGACCAUCAACUUCGCACUCUACUAAUUCAGGAUACCCCGGUCCGAUUGGACCAUACCGUUAG